AUGAGCCGUCUCACCGGAGUUUCACAUCGCACGGGGUCAAGGCUAUCUCUGCAUUCAAGACGCAGCGGUAGCGGUUCAAGGGCCGGGGCUACACCAACGCCGCGCAAUGUUGCAGAGGAUGUUGCGCAGGGUAGAAAUGCCAACUGGCCGGAAUUGCUCAUCGGCUUGAGUUACACUCAACAGACGGGAAGAUUAAACAUCACCGCAGUGAAGGCCAGCAAACUGAAGAUUCCCGGUGCUCCAGUCGCAAUUCCGAGAACCUAUAUUUCGGUGUCUUUGAUGACCAAGACCGGAGAAAAAAUUACCGCUGCCAAGACGAAAGCUGCGCACAGCUCAAGCAAUCCAGAGUAUGGCGAGAAGUUUUCAUUUGAGGUGCCGGCCGUUCAAAUAAACAACGUUGUGCUCUUCUUCCGCGUGUUCCACAAACACACAGUGCACAAGGAUGAAAACAUUGGCUGGUUCUCAAUCGGUUGUUCAAACUCGGGUACCGAGGAGGAAGCCCACUGGAGAGACAUGAUGGCAGCCGGUGGGCAGGAGAUAAUGCGUUGGCACACACUGCAUGAGGACGUUCGUUAA